GACGACCCUCGUCUGCUGAACACUCAUAUCCAGAGCUCUCACCACUCAACAUCCACGCUCUCUGUUCUUACGCCGAGGAUGGCGCCGCCGCCUUGCUUGCAUCCCCCCUCGCUGACGUCCGUCGCCUCGUCAAUCCCUAUCCCCCCAGCCCACGCUCGACCCAGAACCCACAUCCUCCAGCAUAGCAUGCUCGCACCUCGCCCGUACCCUCGCGAGAAUACGCAUCGGUCCCGAUGCCGGCCCCCGUGCAGGAAGUCAGUUCGCUACCGCUACACUCGCGAACCGAAAGCACCCAGGCAGUACAAACUGUGUCUGCACACAUCAACCAUCAACAUGGCACGCUCAGUGUCAUCCGCACUACACACAUCCCGCGACGUCACCGAGGUCGUCAGCCAUCUCGGAAACGAGAGCCAGCACCUCGACACAAAGGCCACUGUCACACUCCACGCGCAACCGCCAGUGCGCGUUUGCGCGGGGCGAGUUAAUAGCUGUAUAUACCUUCCCCCUGCAUGACAGAUUACUUCGCUGCACCGCCGCCGCCACCACCACCGCCGCCGCCCUCCUGAGGCGGGUCGGGCGCGCCAGCGUUCAUGAGGAGCACGAACAUGAAGCCGGCAAUCAUAAGCCCGUACUUCUGCAAGAACGUCUUCUCAGGCUCUGGUUCCUUGACCUUGCCGCCCUCGUCAACUUCUGGAGGUGCCGCGAGACCAGGGCUAGGGUCAGCGCGUCCGCACCUC